AUGUGGGGAAUGGCAAAGCGAAGGAAUGAAAGAGCGGAGAAGGGAGAAAUGCGAGAGGGUUGCCUUAGGGAACAGGCGAGAGAGCAAAUGCAAGAAAGAGGGGAAGUGCUAGAUGGAUUUUAUAUAGAAAGGAAAGAGAGGAGGAGAAGGGAAGAGAGGAGAAGCAUAGAAGCAAGGAAAAAAGAAAUUGGCAUAGACGAGAGAGGUAAAGAAAUUCAAGAGAGAAAAGAACGGAGGGAGAAAAAGACAGAAAGAAGGACAGAGGGAAAAAGAGAGAGAAAAAUACAGAGAGAGAAAAGGACAAAGAGAAAAAGACAGAGAAAGAAAAGCAAAGAGAGAGAGAAAGAAAAGCAAAGAGAGAGAGAGAGAGAAGAAAAAAGAGAAAAGGACAGAGAAAAGGAAAGCCAUAUUUGGCUUCUAUCUCUUUCUCCCUCGACGCAAUUCUCACUCCCACCAAAACUUUUUCGUACCAUCUCAAUUACUACGUUCACGUUAUGCGCCUCCGCGUUCACAGUGAGAUCGCGUUAUACGUGGGUGAACGGGAAAAUGUCUUUUGAAUCCUUUCUAGGUCGCUCUCAAUCGCACCACCACCACCAACAUCGUCAAAGAGAGAGGGAGAGAAACGCAAAGAAUGAGAUGAGAAAAGAAGUCAUCGUUCUUGCAGAGAACGGACGUAAGCAAGGCCAGGAGAGAAGGAACAGUAAAAUUGUGGAGAAUGUGUACGCGCCAUCAGGGUGGCCUAGAUUUGAAGUAAGACCUGCUUUCUAGGCAAGCAUUUCUCUUUUUCCACCAAGAGCAGCAAUGCACACUCACACACACACACAAACAAAUAUAUUGCAGAGAAAAUCCACAGGGUGUGCAAAUGAAAGAUUCGCAUUUUCCUAUUGAACACAGAAAUUUUCGCGUUCGAUUUCACAUAAGGAACGAUCGUCGUGACCAAUGGAGAAAAAAAAGAGAGAGAGAAAUACACAAUCGAGGCUCUCGAUUUCCGGUCAUGUCCCACUUUUUCCGGUUCCGCUAUUCGUCGCUCGAUUUUUUUUUGUUUAUAUCCUUAAAUCCCAUCUUUUUUGUUCUCCUCUCUUUUUGUAAAUAUUUAUCAAACGGUAUAUAAUAUAGAAAAAAGAAUAUUUCUUUUCCCGCGCGUCAAGGUCGAAUUCUUCUCUAAUGAGUCAACUUUUAAAAAACU